UGUGAACAUACCAUUUGGGUCUGCGGUUUUUCUUUCUCGCCUCAUCCUGGAGAUGAACAACAAGCUCGCAACGUUGUUUGAAAAUGGUCUGCAUAGUGAGGCAGCUACCAUGGUGGCGUCCAUGUUGUUCUCCGACUCGUUGUGCCACAAAGACGAACAGGAACGCUCCGAAGCCGGAAAUGAGGAUGAUAGAAUGCAACUUGGAAGUACUUCCGCACGAAACUCCGAGCGAAAUCUCCGACCCAACAGAGUGUUCAGAGCACUUUCCUCCGAGCUUAAGGUCCGAACCUCACGGAAAAUCCGACCGUUUUGAAGGCGGCUGAAUAACAUACUACACAAUGUACGAAAUUGAUGAGAUAAGGCGUUAAGGUAAAGGCCUUAUGUGGCCAAAGGUAGGGUACAGUUCCAAGAGUCCAACUGGCAAACGCAAAAGAUAAUCCAGCCAAUAUAUCCUGGGCAAGCGUCCUUCCUGACACGCAGUUCGAAGUGGUACUUUUAGUUGUACUCGCUUUGUUUCAUAUCUAUUUCCCCUCAGACAUGCUUUGAGUGUGAAUAUGGCAUUUUGGCUGAAUGAUCUUUCAGUGUCUGUAGUCGCAACCAGUGGUUUCCUGGCUAUCCUGAGCUACUUAACCUACCGCCUGCUCAUAGGACACCUUCUCCAGUUUUAUCAGCUGAAGAGUAUUCCAGAGGUCGGGACCUCGUACCCCUUCAUUGGACACGCGCUGAUUCUGAAAAGAAAUUCUGGAGAUUUUUUCUGCCAACUGGUUGAGGCGACAGACGAGUUCCGUAGCUGUCCACUGUUGAAAGUAUGGCUCGGACCGGUCCCCAUGCUGAUGCUGUACCAUGCGGAAACGGUUGAGGCUCUUCUGAACAACUCAGUUCACAUGGACAAGGCCCACAUAUACAGCUUUCUUCACCCAUGGCUGGGCACAGGUUUACUUACAAGCCUCACCCAGCCCAAGAGACCAAGAGGUCAGACUAAGGCAAGCACCGGGCCUAAAUGGCGCCAGCGAAGAAAAAUGCUGACUCCUACCUUCCACUUCUCCAUCCUGUUGGAGUUCCUGGAGGUGAUGAACGAGCAGGCGGACAUCCUUGUGGAGAAGCUGGACAGGGAGGUGGGGGAGGGCUCCUUUGACUGCUUCCAAACCAUUACCCUGUGUGCGCUGGACAUCAUCUGUGAAACUGCAAUGGGGAAGAAAAUGUAUGCCCAAAGUAAUUCAGAAUCCCAUUAUGUCCAGAGUGUGUACAAGAUGAGUGACAUCAUCACGCGGAGGCAGAAGAUGCCCUGGUUCUGGUGGGACGUCAGCUACAACCUUUUCGGCGAGGGGCUGGAGCACAACCGGAGACUGAAGACCCUCCAUGAAGUCACCUCCAACGUGAUUCGUGAGAGGGCGGACCACCUCCGUUUGGAGGAGGAGGAGGAGGACUCUGACAGUGUUCCGGGGAACGGGACCAGGAAGAGGCGGGCCUUCCUUGACAUGCUCCUGAAGACGGAGGAUGAGGGAGGGAACAAGCUGACCCACAGGGAUAUCCAGGAGGAGGUGGACACCUUCAUGUUCGAGGGCCAUGACACGACCGCCGCCGCCAUGAACUGGGCCGUGCACCUGCUGGGUUCACACCCAGAGGUGCAGAGGAAGGUACAUCUGGAGCUCGAGGAGGUUUUCGGCGGGUCCAAACGAGCCAUUACCAUGGAGGACCUGAAGGAGCUCAAGUACCUGGACUGCGUCAUCAAGGAGUCCCUGAGGAUCUUCCCCUCAGUGCCCUUCUUCGCCCGGACACUCUGUGACGACAUCGUCAUUAACGGCUUCAAGGUGCCCAAAGGAGCCAACGCCCUCGUCCUGACCUACGCCCUCCACCGGGACCCCCGCUACUUCCCCAACCCCGAAGAAUUCCAGCCGGAGCGCUUCCUGCCAGAGAACUCUGUCGGCAGACCCCCAUACGCAUACAUACCCUUCUCUGCUGGCCUUCGGAACUGCAUCGGCCAGCGUUUUGCCAUGAUGGAGGAGAAAGUGGUUCUGGCGUCCAUCUUGCGCUCCUUCAACAUCGAGGCGUGUCAGAAACGGGAGGAGCUCCACCCCUUCGCAGAGCUAAUCCUGCGGCCAUCGAACGGCAUCCUCAUCAAGCUGGAGAGGAGGGAGUAGAUCUCUGGAAGUGAAACAAUUCAAUUGAUUCACAUGAUUCCUGAUAGAAUGCCCCCCUCCUCUCAAGCCUCACGAGCCCCCCCACCCCCAGGAGGGGGUCUUCAAGGAGCUGCAGGCGAGGAAGUGGUUCCCACGCUGCAGUGUUUCAAGUGCUAAUCCAGCUCAGUGUUGUCUACGUGCUAGGAGGGAUUUCCUAGGGGGGGGGGGGGGGUUAGAUUUUGAGUUUGAGUUAGAGUUUGUUGUCUGUAUUUGUGUGCAUUUGUGUAUGUGUGGAUUAGUGUACCUCUAUGUGUAGAUAUGGGAGUGAAUAUGUGUCUGUCUGUCUGUGUGUGCGCGUGUGUGUGUGGAUGCAUGCCCAUCUCACUGUGUAGACUGUGUUCUAAAAUGAUCACACUGCUUACAACAGAGCCACUAUCUUUGCACAGCAUAGCUGUGGGCCAGCAUGAGCAGUGGCGAAACACAGAAUCAAAACGUAUGGUUUGUUUUUGGCCACUACUUCAGAGAGCUGCAAGGUGGUGUUUAGCAGGCACUUACCUCGGUUGGACAAAACACAGUUAAAGCUAUGGGAGUUGCUAGAGUCUCGUUUGGAAUAUAAUAAAAAAAUAAUUGACAUCUAUUUUAAAACAAUAUGAUGGAUGUCAAUGGCUCACCAACUGCCCAGUAUCGGAUUUACAUCUUGGCAAAGACAAUGUCAACAAGUAACCUGGGGUCUUAACCAACCAGCCAAAUACUUGAAUAAUAAGCUGUUUGUAUACUGUGUUUCCCUGUCUCUGUACCUGUUACUGUAUAACUAUAACUAUUAACCGACUGCCAAGAAACGGAUAAGAGAGAAUAUUCCUCAUGAAGCAUUAGCAGCUGGGGAAAAAAAGGGUUUAAAUUAAACACACAAGAAGUUGACUCUUAUAGGAUUCUGCUUGUAUGAAGGCCUGGCAGUGAGGCCUAACGUUAGUCAGGCCCUUGGCGAUGUCAAUCCUGGCUGGCUAAAGGCUUGCUGUAGGCUAGGGGUUGGGGGAUCAAUGGUAUUGAAGCUACCCAAUGAAUAAUGCACAAAUAAAUUAUAAAUCUCUUGCGUAAUAAAGUAAUACUAUUAAGUAAUGAGAUCUCGUACAUGCUUCCUAAUGAGAAAAUGACCAUGCCUCGUCACAGUCUCCCCUUGACCUGUGUAACCUCAAGCGAUGACAUUUUCUGUCUCCUUUGUGUGUGUGCUUGACUGCGUCUGUGUGUUGGGUUUGGUCUCUUUUAUAAAUGGUAAGCUACG